AUGUUGGAAGAAUUUUUUUUUCCUUUUCAGAAUGGUCUUCAUUCCUCAGUAUUCAAUAGAGAAUCCUUAGGCAUUAUAUCACAGCUAUUAAGGAAAGAUUCUCGAGAUCCACUAAUUGUUUUCGUUGACACUUCAAAGAAUAUAAGGACUUUUGAGGAUGAUAAUUUCUAUGGAGAUAGCAACUCAGCCGGCGAAGUCGAUGAAUCUGGAGAAUACAAUGUCAACCCGGAGAAAGUCAAAGAAAAAUACGACGCAGUACUGUACAACGUACUAAGGACAAGCAAUGUUAUAACCGACGCUUCAGGCGAUACAACUUCCUAUCAUUACCAUAAGUAUGAUCGCAAAGAAACUAAACGAAAGGCAAUCGAAAAGUUGAUCCGCGACCGAUGUCAAGCUAAAGUGGUAUGUACAGAAAAAUGUUCAGCGGAAAAUACUUUAAGAAAAAGAUACUGCCAAAAGAGUUGCAAAGCUGUGUUCGAUCAUCUGGUCAAGUGUCCUCCACCGGGUAAUGAGAAAAAGAAGAAAAAGCCACCGCCACCACCGCCUAAAGACUCCUGCGGAAGUGAUUCCUGUGCAUCGAAAAAUUCUUGCGAUGACGACUCUUGCAAGCCUAAAGAUUCUUGCGAAGACGACUCUUGCAAGUCUAAAGACUCAUGCGACGAAGACUCUUGCAAACCAAAGAACUCUUGCGACGAGGAUUCUUGCAAGCCAAAAGAUUCGUGCGAAGCAAGCGACUCCUGUAACCAGACUACCCCCAAGAAAAAAGGAAAGACUUGUCCGCCAAGUUGGAGAAAAUAAAAAGAUGUUAUGUCAUUGCUGUUGUUAUUAAUUUGCA